AUGUUUGUUCGCAUCGCAGCACAUCACGUGCAACAAAUGCAUCUCGAUGGAACUAAAGCACUGUCAUCAUCAGCCGAAAAUAGUGAUAAGGCAAAGACUGACGAACAGAAGAAAGUUGAUGAAGGUGAUGAGCAAGGAAAAGGAGAAGAUGACAAGAGAACGGAACAGCAAGAAACGACCGAUUCGGAGAAGAAGAGUGUCGAUAGGGAUGAGGCAAUCGUCAGCCAAAUAAAGAGUGAAAUAGUGGCUGAUGCAAAGCAAGAAGAGAUUCCGCAACUUGAAACUGAGGCAGCCAAAAAGUUAUUAAGUGGGACAAUCGAAGGUGUUGCUGAUGAGAAGGAUGAGGAU